CUGGAAAUUUCCGAGCCCGCGCGGAGGCCGAGGCGGCGAGGGCGGCGGACGGCCGGGGAGCGCGGGCGGCCCAGCCCGGCCCGGCCGGGCCCUGGCCUCGCGUCUCUCACCCAUGCGACUCGGGCCGCGGAGCUCUGCGGGGCUCGGCGGGGGCGCGGCCGCACGCCGGUGGGGCGCCCCGGCCCGCAGCGGGGCGGCGGCCGCGAGGAGGGGGCCUCCAUGUGCGUGCGGGCGGUGGCGGGUGCGCUGACCGCGGGCGCCCGGCACCCUCGAGGGCCGGCUAGGGCGCGCGGGCGGGGACGGCCGGGCGGCGGCGGCGGCCGGAGCCGGCCCGGGCGGGCGUGAGCGCCGGGGAGCGCGCUGCCUGCAUGCGCGCAGCUCUCGCCCCGGGCGGCCCAGGCGGCGGCGCCGGAGCCCGAGGCGGCCGGACGCGGAGAGGAGCGGGGAGCCCGGGAGGCGGCCCGCGUCCCCGCCGGACCAGUGCGUCUGUCUAGACCCCGGCUGCGCGGCGAAGUCGAGGACUUGGCUCUGUUGAAUCUCUCAUCGUCUGGGCGAGCGGGGCGGCUCGUGGUGUUUCUAACCCAGUUCGUGGAUUCAAACGUGGCUCCGCGCCGAGCGCGGCCGGCGACUUGUAGGACCCCAGCGCUGGCCGCGGCCGCCGCGCACGCCCUCGGAAGACUCGGCGGGGUGGGGGCGCGGGGGUCUCCGUGUGCGCCGCGGGAGGGCCGAAGGCUGAUUUGGAAGGGCGUCCCCGGAGAACCAGUCUGGGAUUUACUGUGAACAGCAUGGAGGAGAAUGACCCCAAGCCUGGCGAAGCAGCGGCGGCGGUGGAGGGACAGCGGCAGCCGGAAUCCAGCCCCGGCGGCGGCUCGGGCGGCGGCGGCGGCGGCGGCGGUAGCAGCCCAGGCGAAGCGGACACCGGGCGCCGGCGGGCUCUGAUGCUGCCCGCGGUCCUGCAGGCGCCCGGCAACCACCAGCACCCGCACCGCAUCACCAACUUCUUCAUCGACAACAUCCUGCGGCCCGAGUUCGGCCGGCGAAAGGACGCGGGGACCUGCUGUGCGGGCGCGGGAGGAGGAAGGGGCGGCGGAGCCGGCGGCGAAGGCGGCGCGAGCGGUGCUGAGGGAGGCGGCGGCGCGGGCGGCUCGGAGCAGCUCUUGGGGUCGGGCUCCCGAGAGCCCCGGCAGAACCCGCCAUGUGCGCCCGGCGCGGGCGGGCCGCUCCCAGCCGCCGGCAGCGACUCUCCGGGUGACGGGGAAGGCGGCUCCAAGACGCUCUCGCUGCACGGUGGCGCCAAGAAAGGCGGCGACCCCGGCGGCCCCCUGGACGGGUCGCUCAAGGCCCGCGGCUUGGGCGGCGGCGACCUGUCGGUGAGCUCGGACUCGGACAGCUCGCAAGCCGGCGCCAACCUGGGCGCGCAGCCCAUGCUCUGGCCGGCGUGGGUCUACUGUACGCGCUACUCGGACCGGCCUUCUUCAGGUCCCAGGUCUCGAAAACCAAAGAAGAAGAACCCGAACAAAGAGGACAAGCGGCCGCGCACGGCCUUUACCGCCGAGCAGCUGCAGAGGCUCAAGGCUGAGUUCCAGACCAACAGGUACCUGACGGAGCAGCGGCGCCAGAGCCUGGCGCAGGAGCUCAGCCUCAACGAGUCACAGAUCAAGAUUUGGUUCCAGAACAAGCGCGCCAAGAUCAAGAAGGCCACGGGCAACAAGAACACGCUGGCCGUGCACCUCAUGGCACAGGGCUUGUACAACCACUCCACCACGGCCAAGGAGGGCAAGUCGGACAGCGAGUAGGGUGGGGGGCAUGGAGGCCAGGUCUCAGUCCGCGCUAAACAAUGCAAUAAUUUAAAAUCAUAAAGGGCCAGUGUAUAAAGAUUAUACCAGCAUUAAUAGUGAAAAUAUUGUGUAUUAGCUAAGGUUCUGAAAUAUUCUAUGUAUAUAUCAUUUACAGGUGGUAUAAAAUCCAAAAUAUCUGACUAUAAAAUAUUUUUUUGAGUUUUUUGUGUUUAUGAGAUUAUGCUAAUUUUAUGGUUUUUUUCUUUUUUGCGAAGGGGGCUGCUUAGGGUUUCACCUUUUUUUAAUCCCCUAAGCUCCAUUAUAUGACAUUGGAUGCUUUUUUAUUAUUUCAAAAGAAGAAAAAAUUAAAACAACUUGCUGAAGUCCAAAGAUUUUUUAUUGCUGCAUUUCACACAACUGUGAACCGAAUAAAUAGCUCCUAUUUGGUCUAUGA